GCUCCCGCGCAUCUGACUGGCCGCCGCGAGGACAGAAAGGGUGGUCUCGCGCGCCGGUCCCCGCCCUCUGAUGGUCUCCGGUCCGCGGCUCCCAAGCUGUCUGCAUAGAUUUCACUGACCUUUUUAAAAAUGUCCUCAUUCAGCUUGAGCAAAAUCCUCCCAAUCAUUGUGCCGGCUGCUGUUGCUAUUGGUUGUUGGUGGUAUUACUCUAGGAAGAAGAAGCUGAACCAAAGUAAACCAGAGCCGGUUGCUUGCCCUGCAGACUCUGCACACAUAGAUGCUUUUGUUCCAAUAGAAGUUGUGAAAAAUGCAAGAACACUACCUUUGCAGGAGGGCAUUGAAACACGUCAACGUAGCUUGUGUUCGGAUUCGUCUUCAAAGCACAACACUGCCAUCCUGAUCUCAGACGUGAAGGGUUCAUCUAGGGAUAUUUUACAGAAUGAGUCAAAAGUUCAAAAUGGUGAGAUUUGCCCCUUGCGACAAACCACAAACUGUGAAGAUGUUCCUGCGCCACUUGCAACUCAACUGUUUAAACCGCAAGGUGAGAAACUGACAGAAGGUUGUUUGGAAUCUGAAGACCUUUUCCUCAAUGGUUUGUGUGCAGAGUAUUGUGUCAGCCACACAACACAAACAUUCUUAACAGAGAACACAAAACUUCCAACAGAUCAGUUAAGCAAGACAGAUGACAGGCAAGCAGAGCUAGACACUGACAACAUUCAAGAGACCCUUACUAAAACACCUAGGCAUAUGGACUCUUUUGUCCUGGAGUGUUCCUCUGAAAAGCUUUCUCAAGCUGAGGGUGUGCAGAAACCAGUUUUACUACAAGUUUCCCUGAUUGAGUCCUCUUUGAUGGAAAAUCAGAAUUCCUCUCUUGUGCUGAAGGAUUCCUGGAUCAAAGAGUCUUUCUGUGCAGUAGACAAUAACACACAGCAUUCUACAGUGUGCGUUUUGAGGGCGGAGAUGGACACUGAGGCUUCACUGGGAGCAGAGGACAUUGAAAAAGGUACAAAUUCAGACAGACUUAAAAUGGCUUCAUGCCCAGAUUUGGAAAUUUUCCAUGGGUGCUCUGAUGAUGCCAGUACCAAAAAGUUUUUUGGAAACUAUGAGGCAAAAAUGGUUGAGGAGCUGGCUAUCAAUAUUAUUUCCAAAGUGAUUGUAGCAGCUAAACAGGAAUUAUUGGCCAGUGCAGUGAGAGAUCUGUCUGAUGGGGAUUACCUGGAAACUGAUGAAAGUGCCUCAGAGAAAAGUAUGCCACUAGUGCUGGAGCAAAAUGGUGCAAUCUCCCAUGAAGAAGGUGAUAGUUUUUCCACGAGGGACUCUGCAUGUGAGUCUACACAAACAGAACAGAAUCAAGAAGAUGAUUUAACAAAUGUAGAUAACGAUCAGGCUUGUCUGGAGGAAAGCAAUGCAGAUAUGAUGCAAAGAGACUUUGAGUGUGCGGAAGAGAGAGAACCAAUCUUUAGUCCAGUCCAUUUAAGUACAGAUUCCUUUGAUGAAGCCCAUGUGGCUAUAGAUGACUCUAGCAUGAGUGCCUGUACAUCAGAAGAUGGGGUGGGCACAGAAGAUCCCAUGCAGAGCACAGUUCUCUCAAGUCUUGGCAUUGGGUCAUAUGACUCUUUGAGCACUUCAGGUAUUGAAUUGUCUAGGGAUCAGAUUAGUGUACGUAAGAAGAAAGUAAAAAAGGAUAAGAUAGCAAGAAAGCAUUUUCUUAUACCCAAUGGGCAUUCAAAUAGCUCUUCACUUGACUUGAAAGGAGAAGGUGCAAGUACUUCAGAGACAGAGAUUGACCACUCAGGAGGGUCAGAGAUGAAUGGUGUGGAUUCUGCAGAUGGUGCCAGCACCCUGGGAUCAAGUGAACAGCUUCUGAGAAGUACUCCAAAAAAUUUACCACUUGUUGUCUGGGAGUUUGAAGUUCCAAAGCACUUGGUUGGCCGACUGAUUGGAAAACAAGGUCGGUUUGUGACAUACCUGAAAGAGACUUCUGGUGCCAAAAUUUACAUAACAACAUUGCCUUUUACACAAGAAUUCCAGUUGUGUCACAUAGAAGGUUCUCAGGAGGCAGUUGACAUUGCACUUGACUUAAUUUCCAAGAAAUUUAGGGAUCUUGACCUAACAAACUUUUAUCAACCACCGUUAUUGCAAAGGCAAGGUUCUCUUCCUACAACAUCUUGGCUGGUGCUCCCAGAAGGUGUCACUAUUGAAGUGGUUGUUUCCAGCAUAGCCAGCGCCACUCAUCUGUUCAUCCAGCAACACACACACCCAACGUAUCAUGCUCUAAGCACCUUGGACCAGCAAAUGUAUUAUUGCUACAUGGAACCUGGUAUUCCCACUCUUCCAACUCCAGUAGAAGUUGGUACAAUUUGUGCUGCUCCUAAUGAAAAUAACGAAUGGUGGAGGGCCCAGGUCGUGUCUUAUUUCCCAAACACCGAAGAGGUUUUCAUCCGAUACGUGGAUUACGGAGGUUAUAAGAGAGUAAAAAUUAAGACUUUACGUCAGAUAAGAUCUGACUUUGUCACUCUGCCUUUCCAAGGAACAGAAGUUUUGUUAGACAAUGUUGCACCUAUUCAUGGUGACAAUACCUUUACCACAGAAGCAAUUGAAGCUAUUGGUGAAAUGUUAAACGGUGUACCUUUAUAUGCACAGGUUACAAAUUAUGAUCUUGCAACAAAGAUUCAAAUGAUCCAGUUAUGGGCUAUGGUAGGUGGAGAGGCUGUGUCCAUAAACUCACUCAUUGUGGAAAGAGGCUAUGCUCGCUGGCAAGACACCUAUUAGCUCACCAGCUUGUAAUUUGCCGGAGGAAAAAAGACUUUGUACUCUAUUUAUAAUGAGAUUGUUCUCAGACGGUUUUUGUUUUGUUUUUAUGAAAUGUUUGCGUCAUCCCUAUUUAACUGACCUCUGGAAAUUUUUUUUUUUUUUUUUUUCUUUUUUCAUAAACUGACUUUGAGGAUACGAUUGAAAGCCAUACUUUAAAAAGCUUUAAAGCCUUUUUUUCCAUCUUGUCUUGUGUUCAUAUUAAUAUAUUUGUGCACAUCUUUGUAAAUAUAUACAUAAAUUUAAUCAAAUUAGAAUAUUUUGUAUUGGAACACUGGAGGCAAAAAAGGAAGCUUAACUAUGUCCACACAAUCUUGUCAACGGUUUGCUUAAAAAAAAAAAGGUUCUGUUGCACAAAACCUUAUAUUGUGUGUUGAAUAUAUUCUGUACACAAAUGUGUGGCUUGGUUGGGUAUGCCGUAAAGUCUACAUUUUUAUGGUCCUCAAUUUGCUACUUGUACAGAUGUAAAAUAACAAAAUGCAAAAACAGUAUUUGAGUGCUCUUUUUUUUAUUUCUUGACAAAUGGAUUUUUAAUCAUGUUAAAGUAAAAUAAAUCCACUGGAAAGGUAUUGUAAAAUGCAUAUAUUUUUGUUCCUGAACCUGUGGUGAGUGGGAGAUAAGAUGUUAAAUAAAGCACUGAGAUGGAAGCAUUAAAAUCUGAAUGAAAUGUCA